AGGUAAUUUAAGGUUUACCCAAAAAAUAUGAUAUCAUAUGACAAAUAAUCUAUCCAUGAUACUAUUUUUUACUUUUAAAAUCUUAUCUUAUAAAUCAAUGAGAUGAAUAAUAAAAAUGGUUCCUUACAAAAAGAUACUCAUUUUUUAAGGAAAGGUGACAAGCUAGACAAUAACAAAAUAACCGUCAUGCAUACUGGACGACCCAUCAAAUGCGUCGUGGUCGGGGACGGAACGGUCGGCAAAACAUGUAUGCUAAUAUCCUAUACCACCGAUAGUUUCCCGUUGGAAUACGUACCUACCGUAUUUGACAAUUAUACAGCCGCCAUGAUCGUCGGAGGCGUUCCGGUAAACUUAGGUUUAUGGGACACGGCCGGACAAGAAGAUUACGAUAGACUACGGCCUUUAUCAUAUCCCCAAACAGACGUAUUCAUAGUAUGCUUUAGCGUGGUGAGCCAUUCUUCCUACGAUAAUGUGCUUAACAAGUGGGUCCCAGAAGUACGCCAUCAUUGCCCCCACGUUCCAAUCAUCAUCGUAGGAACAAAAAUAGAUCUACGAGAGGAUAAAGAUAUGCUAAAUUUGCUCGCUUCUCAAUUGAAGGAACCCCUCAAGCGAGAAAACGGCAUCAAAUUGUUCCAAAGAUGUAAAGCUUUAUGUUAUCUUGAAUGCUCAGCCCUAACACAAAAAGGAUUGCCUCAAGUUUUUGAAGAGGCCAUUUUAUCUGUCAUCAAACCUAGACCAAUUAAAUACAAGGAACCUAACAAAUGUAUCAUCAUAUGAGAGAAAAAACUAAAUAAUUUUUUUAAAAAUGUAAAAUCUUAACUUUUAUAUUACUUAAAAUUCGUUAUACAAAAUUUUGCCGUAAACCUAAAAAAUUCAUCGCUCAAAAAUUUUCCCCUUUCCUUUUAUAGCGCCCUUGCAAGAUACAGUUAUUAUCUUCUUUCCUAGCAAUAAAUGAAAAUCGUGAUAUUCUUAAAAGUAGAAAAUUAUGUAAAUUGUUAGAAAUUAUUGACAAAAAUGCAUUUUAAAAAAAUCCUCUAUUUUCUUUAUUGAAAAAAAUUAUAUUGGCUUGUUUUUUUUUCCUUUUAAUUAGAAAUAUAAUGGUCUAAUUCUUUACUUGCAGAAUUUCUCUAAAACUUAUUAAACAUAAACAAAACAAAAUUUAUAUGAUCAUAAACUGUAAAUUUUAAGAUUUCUGAGACUCAAAAUAAAACGAGAAAAUGUUAUUGGCAUGAUAUGAUAUUAUAUCUUUUAACAAAAUCAAAAAACUACAUUUUUAUAAUAAAAAUUUUUUUUAUUAAAC